AUGUUGCGCAAAAAAGAGGUCUACACGACCAUCACCCCCAUCCCGGGCUUCAUCCCCCGCCAACUCGCCAUCGAUAUCCUCCAUUCCCACUCCGAGGUCAUCACCCUCAACCCCCUCGUCCUCGACCACAAGCCCAUCAAGGCGCCCCGCGACGCCGCCGCCGACGAGUACUACUCGACAUGGUACGAGAUCACCGAGCGCGUCCAGUUCAUCCCGGGCAUCGGCAAGAUGGGCUCCGGCAAGAUCUCCUUCAACGGCUGCUUCCACGACAUGCCCUGGGGCCUGCAGACGCACACCUACGCCCCCAUGAACAUCGACAUCCGCAUCAAGUACCGCAUCGACGGCAACCAGCCCGGCGUCGAGGCCCCUCACCAGCCCGAGAUCGGCAUGGCCGGCCUCGGCGUCCCCGUCGAUGGCCUCUACCUGCGCGAGGACAUCGAGAUCCGCUGCAACGUCACCAUGACCGGCUUCGUCAAGGUCCAGCUCAAGGCCGCGAGUAAAGAGAUGGUCUCGCGCAUCAUCAAGAAGGCAGAGCUCCUCGACGCCGGUGUCCUCCAGGCCAUGAUCGAGAACGGGAAACUCAAGACCAUCAACCCCGCCGACCGCACCAGCACCGGUCUCAGCGGCGGCCGCUCCCCGACCUUCCCCCAGCGCCCCGACGGCAGCCCGCGACCCGAGUCCUACUCCCCCGCAAACCCCCGCUACCAGGUCCCCCGUCCCGUAUCCAUGGCCAGCCUCCGCCCGGGGUCGCAAGGGAACUACGCGCCGCAGUACGGCAAGCCGAUGGAGCUCCCCAGCUCCCCCCAGAACCAGAACAACGCGCCAGGCCACACCUCGUUCAUCGCCGAACUCCCCGGAAACUUCUACCACCCGCAGGAGAACAAGACGCUCUACCCGCCGCCGCAGCCGUCACCGGGACUGUCGGACCAGCACGCCGCGCCACCGCAGUACGACCGCAGCUCCAUGUCGCAACAGAGCCAGCUCUCACCGGACCCGAACUCGUGGCGGUGGUCGCAAGGGCAGCCGAGUCCGAGCCAGCAGAGCAGCCGCCCGACGAGCAUGAGCUCAGACGGCAGCGGGGGUUACGCCUCUCCGGGGCUGGAUCACAAGGGCUUCUCUUCGGAGCUGCCCACGCAUCCGGAGACGCAGGAGGAGCACCGCGAGUACCGCGGAGACCCGAUCAAGUAUGCGGACCCGUCGCAACACCGCGUGCCGGGACCGCAGGCUUAUCAGUACAACCCGCAAGACUACGCGCGGUAG